AUGCUGUCUCGAGCCAUUGGUGCCCUUGUGGGUCUUGCUGCGGUCUACAGCGCUAAACCAGCAUACCUCAAUGACACAAAAAGAUCGUUUUACGAAGACGAGCAGUCCGUGUACCCUGUGCCUGGAACCAUCACACCAGCUGAGUCUCAGAACUUGGGCCAGCAGUACGUUAUGGAAGGCGUCACUGUGCGGACGACCGGAAGCGUUCAAAGCGUGAUUAAAAGCGCCAGAGAGGCCGUCGUCGGCACCUUCACAUGUUUCGAAUCAUGGCUCAAUAACAGCAAGUCCAGGUACAUCGAACUGGAGAGAUCGGUCACCGACACCUUCUCGAGCUUGCACGACAAGAAGGAGGACCUCCUUCCCAACUCGAUCUACAUUGCUGUGGCGGCCUUGUCGGGCAAUAUUUUCGCCAGAAAUAGAGGCAUUGUCGCCAGAGCUCUUGCACCCACGAUACUCGGCUUGGCCUCCUUCAAGUACUUCCUUCCUCACACCUUCACCAACACCGUUGGGUUGCUCUGGAGAGUCGAACAGAGGACCUUGCCCGAGGUGGCGCAGCAGCAGGCGCUGGCUUACAACGCUGCUGAAGACUGGGUCAAGGACGCUGGAAAGUCUGCUGUUCUGGGCCAGGAAAAGCUCUCGCUGGGCGUGGACUCGGCCAGAAGGAGAUUGGCCCAUGCUGCUGGAUUGGAGCUUGAGCAGGACGUCACGAAGAAGGUGCCCGAGAAGAGGGAUUGA